GUUACCAUUUAUGUGGGGAAUAUUAAAGUGCCCCCGCAUUAGAUGUUCAUUCAUAUGACGAGUUGAUAGUUUUACAGUGCAGCAGGGUUAGAUUUUGCUACCAGAUGACGCGCCUGCCUACCUCUCUGCCUAUAUUUUGCCUCCACGCUAAAAUGCUUGCAUUUCGCAUCUGCUUAAAUAAGAAACCUCGAGAUUCCUGCCCUCCAAUUUCACCCAUACACCUAUCUCCGAUUAAGCGCCUACACGUAUUCGCCAUUUUCGAUAAAUAAACCCUGGUGCGCAUACGAAAUUCUUACCUUUACCUACCUAGUCAUACCGCCUAUUUCCGCACAAUCCGAACACAUUCCAUUGUUCGUAAGAACAAGAACAACGUGACAGGCUACUACAAUAUUAGUUGUUCUUGAAUAACACAAAGGUUUUCUCUAAGACCUUACUAAUUAAAUACACACAUAUCUCGAGACUCCAAACCAUCCUCAUGGAAUUCAAGUCGCAAACUAUUCAGUCCUCAUUUAACUAUUUUCAUACGAAGAAAUUCAAGACUUGAUACGAUAAAGGUCCUACCAACCCUACUAAACUAGUGGGCGACGACUUGACACGAAAAAUCAACACCUUUUAAUACUUUCGGUAUAUUUUAUAUUAGAUUACAUCGAAAAUGCACGAUUUACGAAAGAAGAUCUUCGAGAGCGGCAAGACCGUUUCCAAAAAGGCGCGCUCGAGGCAACAGUCGGCGCAAGCUUCUCCUGCUAGUUCGCGCGGCGGUUCGCGCGCUACGAGUCGACAAGCUUCCGAGGACGAAGAUUCGAGCGAUUACGAUUAUGAAGAUAGUUUAGCGAGUUCCAUCAUUACCGAAGAUGGCGACGAAACGGGACCGACGCCGCCGUCAGAACUCCUGCACAACAAUAUCGUGGACCUACUAGAUCAAAAGCGCGACAGCGGGCAAGAUCGAGAAGUCAAGUUGACGGCUUACACGGAACUAAUUCGACAUCACCCUGACGCCGAGGAAAUUGAGGGACAGAUGAAUGAACUCAUUCCGAUGCUAUUAAAGAGUGCGCGCGGUCGCAGAACCCCACAAGGCACCCUUUGGGCUCUGAAAGCACUUAUGGUAACCAUUCUCACAACUGGGGCCGAGAACAUCCACGAUCGCGUAUACCCGACUUUGAAGACCGUUUGCCAAGACUCUGACUACGAAGAAGGGUUCACCUCGGCGAUUAAAAUAGCAGCUAUUAAAGCUAUGGGUAUCUCAACGAUGUGUGGAGGGGGUUCGGCAACUGCUGCCGAGGAGCUUCUAGAUUUCCUUAUCGAUAUUAUUGCGAGUGAUGGACACCUUAUCGACGCCGCUGAUGAUGGGCCAGUAGUUGCAGCAGCGCUAAGCACAUGGGGUUUCGUCGCAAGUGGUCUUGACGAUCUAGAAGAACAGAGCACACAGGCACUAGAAGCCUUCACAGAGCAGCUUGAGAGUGCCGAUGUAGACGUCCAAGUCGCAGCCGGUUCAAAUAUUGCCUUAGUUCUAGAAGCCGCUCGCGAAUUUGAAGAAGAGACUGGAGAUUCCUGGAACAUGCGAUAUGAUGAGGAAGGGCUUCUUCGACGAUUGAAUACGCUUACGAGGGAGUCUUCAAAGUCGAUAUCGAAGCGGGACAAGAAGCAGCUCCAUGCUAGCUUUAAGAGUGUUGUAACUUCUCUUGAGCAUGGCAAAGGUCCUGGUUACUCGACCGCACGCCGUUUUGCCAGUAAUCCCCAUACAGGCGGCAAUAAGGCAGACUUUAAUGAAGAUUUCCAAGAGUACGGAUAUCGACAAAAGCUGCGAAUUCAGAACAUCAGCAUUGUCAUCGAUACUUGGUCUCUAGCAGCCCGAGUGGGAAUGCUGAAGUCUAUCCUCGGAGGUGGCCUCGCUAGUCACUAUCUGAACAACCCAGUGGUGAGAGAUUUGUUGAGUGGCGCUAGAACCGAGUAUCUCUCAGCUCCACCCAAGGAGAAGUCAGGAAGGACUGGUUACGGAAAGAAGUCACAAAGGGGCGUUUCCGAUUAAACAUUUUGAGACAUCGUUUCAUUUCAUUACAAUCACUACCUAGGUACUUCCACAUAUUGGUAGACCCAAAGAUUUCCGAUUAACGAGGUUUUCUGGUUUCUUUUUCUUUUGUUGGUGCGGUAAGCCGCUACAGAAAGAUACCCAUGUAUUUAUAACAAGACGGGUAGGGACUGCGUUAGGUUUUGCAUCGUUAUUAGGUAUUAGGUAUUAUGCAUUAGAUACCUAGAGUGCGACUCAGAAAGAGGCCAUUAGAUUAGGUACAGCAUCAAUGAUAUAUCCCCUUCAUCUCAUCGCAAAU